CCGGGUUGCUAGGGGAAGUGACGUCACAGCGCGAUGGCGGCGGCUCCUUCAGGCAGCUGAAGGGGGAUUUAGGCCCGGAAGAUCCGAGUCCAUCCGCGGCGGGGAGAGGGCGAGCGGGGCCGGCAGGGGCCGGAGCAGGGGCGGCGGCGCUCGGACUGUCCCAUCCGCCCCGUAUUGAGGCGCUGGGAGCGGCGAGGUCGUCGGAAAGCGAUGGUGAAAUUGGGGCCGUGAGGGGGGCGGAGCCGGCAGCCGGACCCGCAGUAGCGGCAGCAGCGGCGCCGCCUCCCGGAGCUCAGACCCAGGAAGCGGCCGGGAGGGCAGGAGCGAGCCGGGCCGCGCCGCCAUGGAGCUGAGAGUCGGGAACAGGUACCGGCUGGGCCGGAAGAUCGGCAGCGGCUCCUUCGGAGACAUCUAUCUCGGUACGGACAUUGCUGCAGGAGAAGAAGUUGCCAUCAAGCUUGAAUGUGUCAAAACCAAACAUCCUCAGCUCCACAUUGAGAGCAAAAUCUACAAAAUGAUGCAGGGAGGAGUGGGCAUCCCCACCAUUAGGUGGUGCGGAGCCGAGGGCGACUACAACGUCAUGGUGAUGGAGCUGCUGGGGCCCAGCCUGGAGGACCUCUUCAACUUCUGCUCCAGGAAGUUCAGUCUCAAGACGGUCCUGCUGCUUGCCGACCAGAUGAUUAGUCGUAUCGAGUACAUUCACUCAAAGAACUUCAUCCACCGAGACGUGAAGCCAGACAAUUUUCUCAUGGGCCUGGGGAAGAAGGGUAACCUGGUCUAUGUCAUUGACUUCGGGCUGGCCAAGAAGUACCGGGACGCAAGGACCCACCAGCACAUCCCCUACCGGGAGAACAAAAACCUCACAGGGACGGCGCGGUACGCCUCCAUCAACACCCACCUCGGCAUUGAGCAAUCUCGAAGAGAUGACUUGGAGUCUCUGGGUUAUGUGCUGAUGUACUUCAACCUGGGCUCUCUCCCCUGGCAGGGGCUGAAGGCUGCCACCAAGAGGCAGAAAUAUGAAAGGAUUAGUGAGAAGAAGAUGUCCACUCCCAUUGAAGUGUUAUGCAAAGGCUACCCUUCUGAAUUUGCCACGUACCUGAAUUUUUGCCGUUCCUUACGUUUUGAUGAUAAACCUGACUACUCAUACCUGAGGCAGCUCUUCAGGAAUCUCUUCCACCGCCAGGGCUUCUCCUACGACUACGUGUUUGACUGGAACAUGCUCAAGUUUGGCGCCAGCCGUGCUGCUGACGACGCCGAGCGGGAGCGGCGGGACCGAGAGGAGCGGCUGAGACACUCCCGCAACCCAGCCACCCGGGGGCUCCCUUCCACGGCCUCGGGCCGCCUACGGGGCACCCAGGAAGUGGCUCCGCCCACGCCCCUCACCCCUACCUCACACACGGCUAACACCUCUCCUCGGCCCGUGUCUGGCAUGGAAAGAGAGCGGAAAGUGAGUAUGCGGCUGCACCGUGGGGCCCCCGUCAACAUCUCCUCGUCCGAUCUCACGGGCCGACAAGAUACCUCUCGCAUGUCCACCUCACAGAUUCCCGGUCGGGUGGCUUCCAGUGGUCUUCAGUCUGCCGUGCACCGAUGAGAACUCUCCUUCUUGCUGUGAAGGGCAGACAAUGCAUGGCUGAUCUACUCUGUUACCAAUGGCUUUACUAGUGACGCGCCCCCCGGUCUAGAACCGAAGUGUUAACCGGGAGCUCUGCAGGCCACUCACCCAGCGACGCUCAUGGGGGAAACAAAACACAAACUAAGCGGACAGACUCCAAGAGCUGCCAUCACCGGGGCUGCCACCGAGGCCCCCCACGGGAACUGAGUUGUGACGGGGCUGGGAAGAAGGCAGUGAGAGAGACUCAGACUCCCUCGCAAGAGCUGUCAGCCCCGCCAGUGGUGGUAACCUGUGCUCCCUGACGAUUCCACUGUAACUACCAGUCUUCUACUUGGUUAAGACAGUUUUGUAUCAUUUUGCUAAAAAUUAUUGGCUUAAAUCUGUGUAAAGAAAUCUGUCUUUUUAUUGUUUCUUUCUUGUCUGUUUUUGCGGUCUUAUAAAUAGAUGUUGACUUUAAAGAAUCCUGAAACAAAGACACUGGCUUGGAGUUUCUGUGUGAAGUGGAGUCAGGCAGGGAGAGGGGGUGCACAUGGAUCUCGAGGGUGUGUGUUGUGUUGUUUCGUUUGUUUUGUCCACUUUAGAGAGGAAGUUUCUCAUCAGUUCUAUGACGUGAGCGUGUGUGUCGUGGGACCUCGGCAGCCUGGUUUUGGCAUCUCCCUCACUCUUGCCCGCUGCAGACUGAAACGCCUGCCCUGGGACCUGGCUGGCCCUCGGCGUGGGCGGAGGGUGCUGCUCCCGGCCCCACGCUGUCCUCCCCGGGGAGGGGUGGACUCUGAGGAGCUCGGAGGCUGUGAGCCCCGGAGACGGCGGGGCACUCCGAGAGUGAACGCUGCGUGCAGUUGUGGUUCGCUGGAGAGGACUGUGACUCGAGACUCGUUGGGGUCGUGUGUGAUUACCUCGGUGGUGCUUGUUGCCUCACCGCCUUUGAACUUGGGAACUUUCUGAACAGACUGUAAAUACUGCCGUGCGGAUUGGCUGUUAAUCUGUGCUAACACCUGUGUGCUCAACACCACGGAGCGGGUCGUCCCCACGGAUGCCAAGGGUGUUGCCCAGAAAAGCCGGCGCGCUGAAGGGCAUCCACCCUGAAGUGCCGAGAAGCGGGUGCCUCUCACGGCCUGGCCAGAGCUUCAGGUCCAGGACAGGUGGCAGCACACACCUUGCGACCCUCAGUGGGAUGGACGUGAGCCAGUCGGAAGUGAAGCAGGGUGGGCUGAGUCUCACCAGAAGGAAGGCGGCCCCACGGGCUGGUACUCCCCACCCCCCCCCCGCAGGGCUCGCGGCUGCUGAUGUGCUUUCUUGCCUUUAAUUUUGCAGCUGUCAGGCCGCACGGUGGCGACAGCCAGUGGGGGUGAGCUCUCCUGUCUCGGGAGUGAGGUGCGGUGUCUGCUCAUAGCUACUUCUGCCUUUCUUCCUGUCACCUGUGCAGGUGUUGUGUUUGGAAAUGGGGCGUGCAUUGGGAGCCAGGGACCUGAAGGUGUCCACCUUGGUCCCUCCCUUCCCCGUGGCCCCAGCACAGGAGCCCUGGCCCUGGGGUGCCGUCCUGGUGGGCCUCCCAGGGUGUGGCCGUUUGCUGUCCUGGCCAGACAUCUGUCUGAGCCCCUGGGUGCUGUUUUCUGAAUCCUGAGCUGGUUACUCUAAGCAUUUUGUGGUGUGGAGCCUUGAGCGGGUGGGGCUGCGUGUCAGGGUGCAGGGGGAGGCCGGGGCAGGUCGGGGCGAGUUUGAGAGGUGCUCUGCUUUGUUGCCAAGCGCCUUCACCCAUCACACUCCCCACUCCACGCGGUGUUAGCAGUGACCGCCUGUGUGGCACGAGCUUGUUUGUAAAUACCCGUGGUCCCGAUGUAGGGCCAGCAAGGUUGUGCAGGGCAGCCUCUGCCUCUGCAUCCUGGCUCCAACCCGCCGUUGCUGGGUUGAAUCAGAGUGGACUUGCUCGAGUCCUCGAGGGUGUGUGGCUAUGGCAGUUCUCACCCAGUGUUUACCCCCACCCUCCUCGCAGAAAGCUAGUUAGAAUGUCUGUGUCGACCUGUGUAGUGGCAACAGUCUGUGCUGUGCGUUUGUGUCACCACUGUAUUUGUGUACUUAAGAACUGUGUACAUAAUAAAUUCAUAAUGACUUCUACCUUUC